ACGCCGCACAGCACCAUGCUGCGCCUGCACGCCCUCCGCACGGCCCUCGCAGCGGCCGCGCCGGCCUCCGCGCUGCGCGGCCGCACGACUGCCACGGCAGCCGGCAACCAGAUCGAGGUGUUUGUGGACGGCCAUCCCGUGCUGGUGGACCCCGGAACCACGGUGCUGCAGGCCUGUGAGAAGGCUGGAAUUCAGAUACCACGGUUUUGUUACCAUGACCGUCUCUCCGUUGCUGGAAACUGUAGGAUGUGUCUUGUGGAAAUAGAGAAAGCUCCAAAGCCAGUAGCUGCUUGUGCCAUGCCAGUUAUGAAGGGCUGGAACAUUCUGACAAAUUCUGAGAAGUCCAGGAAAGCAAGAGAGGGUGUAAUGGAAUUCCUGCUGGCAAAUCACCCACUGGACUGUCCUAUCUGUGAUCAGGGUGGAGAAUGUGAUCUACAGGAUCAAUCAAUGAUGUUUGGCAGUGAUAGGAGUAGAUUUAGAGAGGGAAAACGCGCUGUUGAGGACAAGAACAUUGGCCCAUUAGUCAAAACAAUCAUGACUCGGUGUAUACAGUGCACUCGGUGUAUCAGAUUUGCUAGUGAGGUCGCAGGUGUAGAUGACUUGGGAACAACUGGAAGAGGAAAUGACAUGCAAGUUGGUACCUAUGUUGAAAAGAUGUUCAUGUCUGAGUUAUCAGGGAAUAUUAUUGACAUCUGCCCCGUUGGUGCACUUACCUCCAAGCCUUAUGCCUUUACUGCACGCCCAUGGGAGACAAGGAAGGUAGAGUCCAUUGAUGUUCUUGAUGCAGUUGGAAGCAACAUUGUAGUGAGCACAAGGACUGGAGAAGUGAUGAGAAUAUUGCCAAGGCUGCAUGAAGAUAUCAAUGAGGAAUGGAUAUCUGACAAAACAAGGUUUGCAUAUGAUGGUCUGAAGCGUCAGAGGCUGACUCAGCCCAUGAUCAAAAAUGAGAAAGGACUCUUUGUUUAUGCUUCAUGGGAGGAUGUGUUAACUCGUGUUGCCGGUGUGCUAAAGGCUGUCCAAGGUAAGGAUGUAGCAGCAAUUGUAGGAGGACUGGUGGAUGCGGAAGCACUAAUAGCUCUAAAAGACUUGCUGAAUAGAGUAAAUUGCGAUAUGCUCUGCACCGAAGAGAUCUUUCCUACUACUGGAGCUGGCACAGAUUUACGCUCUAACUACCUGCUUAAUACCAAGAUUGCUGGAGUGGAGGAGGCAGAUGUCCUGCUUCUGGUUGGCACCAAUCCACGCUUUGAGGCACCGCUUUUUAAUGCUAGAAUUCGGAAGAGCUGGCUUCACAAUGACUUGCAUGUGGCCCUUGUUGGCUCUGCUGUGAAUUUGACGUACACGUAUGAUCAUCUGGGAGAAUCCCCACAGAUACUCCAGGACAUUGCUUCUGGGAAACAUGCAUUCUGCAAGGUCCUCAACCAAGCUAAAAAGCCAAUGGUGGUGGUAGGAAGUGCAGCACUGCAGCGCAACGAUGGAGCAGCUAUCCAUGCUGCAGUUUCCACCAUUGCACAAAAUGCCAGGACUAAGAGCGGAGUUGGUUCUGAUUGGAAAGUUAUGAACAUCCUUCACAGGGUUGCAAGCCAGGUAGCUGCUUUGGAUCUGGGUUUCAAGCCAGGAGUGGAGGCAAUUAGGAAAAAUCCUCCCAAAGUAUUGUAUCUCUUGGGAGCAGAUUCUGGUUGUAUAACACGUCAGGAUUUGCCAAAGGAUUGCUUUAUCAUCUAUCAAGGACAUCAUGGGGAUGUGGGAGCUCCCAUGGCUGAUGUUAUUCUCCCAGGAGCAGCAUAUACAGAGAAGGCAGCAACAUAUGUGAAUACUGAAGGUAGGGCCCAGCAGACAAGAGUAGCAGUAACACCUCCUGGGAUGGCAAGGGAAGACUGGAAAAUCAUUAGAGCUGUCUCUGAGCUGGCUGGUUUGACCUUACCUUAUGAGAACCUUGAUGAAAUACGGAAGCGUUUAGAAGAAGUAUCUCCUAACCUGGUCCGAUACGAUGAUGUGGAAGAGGCUAACUACUUCAAGCAGGCAAAUGAAUUAUCAAAGUUAGUAAAGCAGCAGCUUCUUGCUGAUCCUCUUGUUCCACCUCAGCUCACAAUAAAAGACUUCUACAUGACAGAUUCCAUCAGUAGAGCAUCCCAGACAAUGGCCAAGUGUGUGAAAGCUGUUGUUGAAGGUGCUCAUACAGUGGAAGAGACGGCCAGCUGCUAGUUGCUGAUCAGACUGCUACCACUUUCAUCCAAGUAUUUGUUGCAGUUAAUAGCUGUGACCAAUACCUUUUUCUUCCCAGAAGCUAUUUGCUAGGCAGUGGCAUUUCUUCAUUCUCAUUUUCAUCAGUUCACAUGCUCCCAUACUAUAGGACUCUUGUGGCUGGAGAGAACACGCAGCAUUCAACUUGCUGUACCUAGAGGCUGCAUACAUGAUGAUUGUAUACAAAUAAAUCAUAAUAUUAAACAAGCCAUUACCCAUGUAA